AUGUACAAACUAAAAAACAAUGAAAGUGAUAUAAACUCUGAUGAUUGUAAUGAAACAUCACAGGAAUGCAUUUACCGCUUUAGCUCCCCAAAAAAACAAAAGAGCAAUACUUUGAAGAAUUCAAAAAAGAUAGAACAAACUUAUUCUAUUUCAAAUUUCGAAAAAUGGGAAGUUGUGAGUACAAAUAUGAACAAUGAGAAGAAUACAAAGAGAAAGGCUUCCAAUACAAACUUAAAAAAUAGCUCCCAAAUUCAGGUAAAUUUUGCAGGGUUAAAAAAAAAUGAACAAGAUUAUGUGCAGCAAAAACGAAGUUUUGAAAAACUGCACGAAAGUGAGGGUGAACGGGAAACAAACGACAAUUACAUUGAAGAGAGUGAUUACGAUGAAGAGGGUGAUUACAAUGAGCGGAUCGGUUACGAGGAUCAAGUCAGCUACGACACCCAGAUCAGUAACAACGAGACUGAUAGGUAUUGCGAAUAUAAUGAGCGCAAAAAAUGUCAAGCGUCAAGGGGGGAUAACGUCAACAAUUUGGGAUCAAUUCGCGAAAAGGAGCACAUGUUAGGCGAAAUGGACGAAAAGAUGCACAUGUCAGCUAAAAUGGACGAAAAGAUGCACAUGUCAGCUAAAAUGGAUGAAAAUGUGACCAGUUCAGUCGAAUUGGAUGAAAAUGUGAACAGUUCAGACGAAUUGGACGAAAAUGUGAACAGUUCAGACGAAUUGGACGAAAAUGUGAACAGUUCAGACGAGUUAGACGAAUACAAUAGUUUAUAUGACGAAGAACUGAAUGAAAUGAUCGGUGAGGGUCAUUUUAAGGAACUAAUUCCAGCAAUACCACACGAUAUUUUAAAUUCAUAUAUUGCUUGUUUAAAAACGUGUGGAUUUGAAAGAGAAGUGCAACUACAUCGACUAAUUAAUCUCUUAGGUGAUUUAAGGGACCCUAUUUCAGUUAUUCAAGUGUUAGGAUUGCCAGGAAUGGGGAAAACAAAAGUAGUUAAAAAUUUUAUAAAAUUAAUGAAUGUUCCUUUUGCUUAUGUUAACUGCUUAAUGGCUGUUUAUCAAUCAGGUAGAUCAGCCAAAAAUGUUAUAUUUCAUACUAUACUAAAAGAUUUAAGUAUUAAUUUGCUGAAAGAGUUUAAUGAAUAUAAGAAAGUAAAUAAUAUUAUGAACUGUUCAUAUGAUCCAACAAAAUUAGUGCCUACCAGUGUUUCUAACACGGACAACUUUUUUAAUAUCCUACAUAAGCUUUUGUCAUUUAGGCCUGACGACGAGCAGGGUUUGGAAAAAAUAGCAUCUAAAAAGAAAAAAAAAGGAGCAGCAGUAGGAGAAGCAUCGGGAGAGGAAAAUAAUGGCGGCAGAAUAAAUAGCCCAGUGAACGGGAAUAAUGCGGAAGAAAAGGAAAACAAAAAAAAGUGCAGGAAUAACAAGAAUCAUUAUUAUAAAGACAAAUUAUAUGAUCGUUCAGUAGUUUUCAUUCUGGACAAUAUUAGAUACUUGGUUCGAACGCAUCCUGACUUGUUCUAUGCCUUAACUAGAAUACAUGAAUAUAUAAAAGGACCUUAUGCCGAUGUAACAAAAGCGAAUAAGAUAACAAGAGGGUUAUGUGUUAUAUUAAUAAAUAGAUCACCAUUACCAGAUGAAAUUUUUGAUGGGUUACCUCAACCUCCUACUGUUUGGUUUGACUCAUAUACAGCUGAUAUGUGUAAGAAUAUUCUGUACAGAUUAUAUGAAACUAUGUGUUUUGAAUCUCUGUUAACAUACAAUGAUAAGGACUUAAAAAUUUUUUACGUAAAAGAUAAUAAAAAAGAAUUUUUAAUAAAAAAAAAGAAUGUUAUAUUAAACAACGAUGUAAUAUAUGAUAUAUGGUGUAGAUAUAUUGACUAUAUUGUUAAUGUGUCUUAUAAAGAUUACAAGAGUGAUUUUCAUGAACUGCUAUUUAUAUGUUCCCAUAUGUGGCCAUUAUUUAUUAGACCUAUUAUAGAAGGAUCUUUAGAACCGAUUGUAGAAAAUAUGAAUGCAUUACAAAGGAAUAUUGACACACACAUACGAGUUGCAACAUAUAAUCAUGCUAGUCACUUCACAUUUGAAUUAAUCGAUUCUGUUUUUCUAAAUGAAAGUAAUUUAAAAAAUAAAAUUGAUUUAUCUUUUUAUUCAAAAAUUUUGUUAGUAGGAGCCUACCUAGCUUCUAGGAAUUUACCCAUAACAGAUAAAAGGUUUUUCAAUGCUACAGUAAAAGGAGGUGCUUUUAGUUUACCGAAAAAAAGAAAAACAAGAAAUAAAAAUGAGUCCAUUUUAACGUUAAUAGGUCAAGCAAUUCCAAAAAAUUUUACUUUUAUUAGAUGGUUAUGUUUAACAGAUUGUUUAUUAGUAUGUUUCUUUGAUGAACAAUUAAUUUUAAAUAGUUUAAUAUGUCAUCAGAUAAAUACAUUAAUACAGCUAGGUUUUAUUACUUUUUCUUCCUCUAAUAAUUUAUCUUGCCUAGUCAGAAAUAGUUUAAUGAAUGGAGUACAAUGGAGUGGAUAUUGUGGUAGUGCUCUUUUAAACUCAACUAAUAAUUUUUCCUCUCCAAAUAAUAAUAUCUUUUCUGAAACUACUAAUUCUAUGGCCUAUGAGUCGCUAGAUCCUUAUUCUAAGUUGGUCAUUCACGUACCUGAAGAGACGAUCAGGAGCAUUUCCAAGGAGAUGAAAAUACCCCUGGACGAGUUGAUCCUUUAG